ACACGACACCCACCAUCAUCGCAUACACACGCACUACUGAUAUACGUUUCAAAGCAAGCAACGCAACUCUCUGCGGACGCUCAUAGCAAGAUCGCAUAGCUGGACGAUCCCGAAACCUACGACGCCGUCCCCGAGCACGAUCAUUCGCAAAAGCUAGCGAUCAUUACAGCUUCAUCAUGUCUCAAUUCCUCGAGAUUGCACUGAAGAUUCCCGAGACGAUCAAGGGAUUCAGGCAAGAACGCUUGUCUCAUCUUAGACCGCUCAACGAAUUCUUUGACCAUCAGCGCAUCUCAAAGCCCAACGAUCUCAACGAGGCCACCCAGCGGAUCACUUACAACACGAGGCAUUUUUCUGGAAAUUAUGCAGUAGUCGUGGGCAUCCUAACAGUCUAUGGUCUCAUCACCUCUCCUCUUCUUCUCAUUGCUGUUGGCUUUCUGGUCGGAGGGUUCGUCUUGAUCAAUCGAUUUGCACCGGAGCCCAUGCAGGUGGGCGACCACGUCAUCACUCAAAGAGGUCUCUACACUGCGCUUUUCGUCAUCGGCUUGCCCUUGCUUUGGAUCGCGUCACCUUUUGCCCUCUUCUUCUGGUUGGUGGGAAGCAGCGCUAUACUGGUCUUGGGACACGCGGCAUUCAUCGAACCGCCGGUGCAGAGCGAGUACACUGGCUUGGAGGCGGUGUAGGGAGAGGUGCACAUUAUGCAGCAGCUAGAAGCUCGAAGUGGAGGUGGGGAAGUCUAGACGUCAUCUGAUGGGGAGGUUCAAAGUGCUCUGAGGGGCUUUGUAAUGUCACACGUGUCCAGAUGCUCCUGGCGAUUUGGUGCAUGAGAGU